AUUGCUACAAUUCGAAAUCAUUACGCACGUUUGCAACGCAUGGAUAGAUACCUUGUAUUGGUGUCUGAUUACGUACCAGGCGGUACCGUACUAUUGUUGUAAAGUAAGCCCAGAAAGUGUGUGCAACUCAGUGCUAACAUCGACCAUUGGUGCUUGCAGCGACUUAAUUGUACACCGCGUAGUUGGCAAUCUAAUCUGUGCGCUAUUGUGUGUCUAGUAGCGUGUGUGUGCUGCGUGCGAGUGUGUGAGUUUGUGCGGUUUCGUCGUGCUUACGGCAACAAUUACGUCGGGUCCGCGUGGGAUCGUUACUUAUUGUACAGCAUAGUGUGUCUUAUCUGCGUUGGGCGUUGUGAAAAAUAGAGGAAACGGCAAUGCCAUCAAGACCGGACUUUGCUGCUGAGAUCAGCAACGAUAGAAUGUGGUGAGAAUCGAACACGAAGCACACGCAAUAGCUGCUCCAAACCAACGAGACCGCUGAACGCGCGUGACUUUCGAUAAAAACAAACUUUAUAAGUGUGCAAUGGUGUAUUGAACAAACACGCGAGACGAAACGUAUUUCGCGCGGAAAAUUCUCUUAUUGCAAAUACUCAGUCAAGAGUUGUGAUUUAGCCGCACAAAUACGCGUUGAGAGUGUCAAUGGAGGAAGCUAGCUUUAUGUUGACGGAAAUUCCGGGCGGUUUUAUAUCGCACCGACCGCACACGAUCGCCGGUGGGCAUCAUCAUCGGUUCGCACCCUAUCCGGUUGUUUUGCAUCAGCCACAUCUGCAACAGUCGGCAAACUCACCAGCGAUAUACACCAUUCCAUCGCAUCAUCUGUCGCACCAUCAUGCCCACUCACAUCACGCACUUGGCGGACACCAUGCAGCUCACCAUCAUCACCAUCAUCACGCGGCGAUCAGGUCGGCGAACCGUCCCAAAAGUCCGAUCACUCCACCGACGCAGGCCAUCGAGGAAGAAGGCACACACAUCGGACAUCUAUACCCAGAAAUACUGGCAAUGAUCUUCGCAAAGCUAAGCGUCAGGGAUCGUGGCCGUGCGGCACAAGUGUGCACCGUUUGGCGUGAUGCUGCGUACGCAAAAAGCUGCUGGCGGGGCGUUGAAGCCAGUCUGCAUCUACGGCGGCCUUCACCGACACUGUUCGGCUCGUUGGUCAAACGGGGCAUCAAACGCGUCCAGGUGCUAUCGGUGCGCCGCGCUUUGAAGGACAUUGUGACCGGCGUACCGAACUUAGAGUCACUUAAUCUCAGUGGCUGCUACAAUAUCACGGACAUGGCUAUAGGGCACGCGUUUGCUGCCGACUUCCCUAACCUAAAAGUGCUCAAUCUAUCACUUUGCAAGCAGGUGACCGAUUCGAGCCUUGGACGCAUCACACAACAUUUGAAAAAUAUUGAAGUGUUGGAGCUUGGAGGGUGCAGUAACAUCACCAACACGGGCCUGCUGCUGAUUUCGUGGGGUUUGAAGAAGUUGCGCCGCCUCAAUUUGCGCUCCUGUUGGCACAUUUCGGACCACGGUAUCGGCCAUCUCGCCGGGCUUAGCAAAGAAACGGCGGACGGAACUCCUGCCCUCGAGUACCUGGGGCUACAGGACUGUCAGCGGCUCUCGGACGAAGCGCUCCGACACAUCGCCCAAGGUCUCAGCUCGCUGCGGUCAAUCAAUCUGAGCUUCUGCGUUUCCGUCACCGACAGCGGUUUGAAGCAUCUGGCGCGUAUGUCACGCCUGGAGGAGCUGAAUUUGCGCGCAUGUGAUAACAUAUCGGACAUCGGUAUGGCGUACCUGACGGAAGGCUGCAGCUCGAUCUCAACGUUGGAUGUUAGCUUCUGUGAUAAGGUGGCCGAUCAGGCCAUGGUGCACAUUUCGCAAGGUCUAUUCCAGCUGCGCUCUCUAAGCCUUAGUGCGUGUCAAAUCACGGAUGAAGGUCUUUCGCGCAUUGCCAAAUCGCUUCACGAUCUAGAGACGCUUAACAUUGGCCAGUGUAGUCGCAUUACCGAUCGUGGGUUAGAAAUUGUGGCCGCCGAACUGGUCAACUUACGUGCCAUCGAUCUUUACGGUUGCACCCGGCUAACACCGAAUGCACUGCAAAAGAUUAAUCAAUUGCCGCGGCUGUCGAAGGUUAAUCGAGGCCUGUGGCAUGUCCGGUGAUGUGCUGCAGGUCAUUAAAGAAUUAUGUUUUAGUAGCAAGUUUGCGAGUGGAAGAAACAAGAAGCGGAAAAAGGCAUCGUUUGCUCUAUAGAAUAGUAAAAGAACCGCAAGACGAAAAACAAAUAACAACAGCAAAAAUAGAUCGAAAAGCAGCGAACGAUUUAUGUCGAUUGUAAGUAGCGUUACAAUAAUUCAAUUAUCGAUUAUUUCAGUUACAAACAUUUCUCCGAAACCCUUCCCAUUCUCAUUGAUGUUUGUUUUAUUGAAAGCAAUGUUAUUUUGUUGACUUAUUUUCAAUUUAUCAGUACGCGGCAAAGAUUAAGCAUUAAACCAUUAUCCCAAAAUACAUGUGCCAGGCUCGGGAGCAAAAAAAGAAAAGGCUAUUGUGAUCGAAGGUAAGGUUUUAUGGGACUGAGGACUUUUUAAUGUCCCCAACGCGUCGACCACUUCAUCUGUUUCCCGUGCAGGAGAAGUGAAGUUGUGCGGGAUGUGUUACGUUAAAAGGCUUUAAUUGUAUCAUAAUUAAUUAUUAUUAUAAGUUACACCAACUUUGUGCUGUACCAAAGGAGAAAUGAGGUAAGGGAUUUUCCCUUCUCUUCUCCGUUAUUGUUCAGAAAACUGUGCUCCGAUGCCUGCAGGGAACGUAAGCGGUCGAUUUACGGUAGUUCAUAAACACGCAGAACUUAAACGAUCAUAGGCCAGACACGCUCUAAUCAAAAGGAGGAUUAUACUGCAGGUCCCGUUGCGUAGUAAGACGCGUCCAACACUCGUAGCGAUAUAUUGUUGUAAUUUUAAGUAAAACAAUUAGGACAAACCAAAAGCCAUACGAUUCAAACGAUUCAAAUUUUUCGUAAACUACAGCAGGGCGUAGAUGUGGGUGAUGGAUGUAUGGGUAAGAAUAAAGAAACAAAGAAACAGUAAGAUAUAGAGAGAAAGAGAGAAAGAGAGAAAGAGAGAGAGAGAGAGAGAGAGAGAGAGAGAGAGAGAGUAAGAGAGAGCAAAAUUGUUAACUCAAACCAAGCAUUCGAUCUCUGUUCUGUUUUAAUUUUUUUGUAAGUCAGAAAAUACAAAUAAAAAAGGAAAUAUUGCAGAACACAAAUCAACAGCAAAACCAGCCAAUCUGCAUAGGCAUGGAGUAUCGUGUGUUUCUAUACAUUUGCGGACACAAGCCUGGAAUGUGAAAUAUUGCAAGAAAAACAGCAAACGUUAUGGUACGGUUAUGCUUUAAGUAAGUUCCGUGAAGCAAAUCUUUCCACACCAUCCAUACACGCAUACGAGCAUGCCUCUGAGGGCGCAUACAUGUCAAAAUUUGUAAAGGGUAGAUGGUAUGUACCAGCUGUAGCAAGAGUAUUUCCUGUAAAAAGUGUUUUUGAGCAAUGUAUUGAACGAUUUGAGAACACUGCUAAUGAAAAUGAUGGAAAGA